UAAUUCUAGGGUUCAUGAUUCUCUCUCAUAAUCACCUUAAACCCCGCACCUUCCUCCUCGGCGACUCUUCUAGGUUCAGCUCAACCUUGCACUUCUAUCCUCUUUACUCACUUCGUGUAAUUCUCAAUCAAUUUCACUCUUCCACAUGUGCCGAUUCUAGCAAUUUAUGUCACUUUUGAGUUAAUCUGUUAAAUCAAUUUUCGUCGUCUUCUCGCGGAGCUUCUCCUUCACGGGCGCCGUCAUCCUUUAGUUGCUCCUUUCAGGGUGAGUAUUUGCUACAAUGAAGGUAAAGAAGGCUAAAAGAGACCUCCAUAGAGGAGAAAAAAAGAAGAAAAGGAACAGGGAACAAAAUACUGAAGUUGAGAUGCAUGCUACUGUGGAGGGCCUUGAAGCGGAUAAUGAAAUACAUGUUAGUGACGCAAAGAAGGAGAAGGCUUCUAUCAACAAAAAAAGGAAGAACAAGGACAAAAGUCUACUUAGGAAACGAAAACCAAAGGGUGAAGAGGUUGAUUUGGAAGAGAAAAGUGAUGGAGUAGUAGACAAUUGUCAUUCUAGUGCUGAGGGGAUCCAAGACUUUGGUGGUCAUAGAGAUUUGGAUAUUGGGGCUGUUGUCAAACCCGGUAGGUCAAAGAAAGAUAAGAAAAAAAGGAAAAAGGAGGUUCAAAAUUCCCAGGAAAAGGGAGAAGGGUACAACAAUCAGAAGGAAGUUGAAAGGAAAAAGGAGGUCCAAAAUUCCCAGGAAAAGGGAAAAGGGUACAACAAUCAGAAGGAAGUUGAAGUUUAUACUAUUUCCUCUGGAGAUGAUGACUGCUCAAAAGGAAUGAAAAAAUGGAUCGUGGAAUACCAUCAAAGCAGACCAGGAUUGGAAGUAUUGCAACAUCAAAUUGAUGACUUUAUAAUUGCUCAUGAAGAAAAACUGGAAGAGGAAAGAAAGGAAAAAGAAGCCCUUGCUGCAGAAGGGGGGUGGACGGUUGUUGUACACCAUAAAGGUAGAAAGAAAACUACCGAUUCUGAAACUGGAAUUGCAGUAGGUUCGGUUGCUCAAGCAGCCGUGGAAAAUAAAAUGGCCAAAAAGAAACGUAACGAAGUGGGUCUAGAUUUCUACAGAUUUCAAAAAAGAGAAGCACAGAGAAAUGAGAUCAUGACACUGCAAAGCAAAUUUGAGGAGGAUAAGAAACGUCUGCAGCAGAUGAGGGCUGCGAGGAAAUUUAGGCCUUAUUAAUCAAUGUUAAGAUUUUCAUUCCAAUUUUGUCAAACGUAUUUGUAGGCAAUAGUUCAUAACUAUUGAUAGAAAGGAAGAUGGUUCUUGAAUGUUAGACUUUCUUUGAUGUUACAAUUAUCGAGGUUCUUGAAUUCUUCCGUUAUUACAAGAUGACCGGGAAAAGAUGGAUACAAAAGAUAAAUAUUUUUUGUGCAGUA